AUGGGUGAAGAAGAUGCAACUCCAAUUGUUACUAAGCAAACUGGACCUGAAGGUUUGCCACACGACCUUAGUGAAGAUACUCAAAAACUUAUCCAUAGUAUGGUUAAAGGAGAUGCAACUCCAAUUGUUACUAAGCAAACUGGACCUGAAGGUUUGUCAAACGACCGUAGUGAAGAUAUUCAAGCACUUAUUUCUGUAAUGAAUAUGCCCAAAGCAAAAGCCACAAUUCUUAUAGAAGAUGGACGUAUUAGGCAUUUAAAUCUGGAAGGUUCACUGCCACAACUAAGAAAAUCUGAAUAUGAUACAUACUACGGCUAUGAGAUGAUUGAAAUGGGUAUUUUAGUGGGGUUGAUUAUAAUUAGUAUACUAUUGAAUUAUUUUGAGGUGGAUGGCAAGGUAGUUCGUAUUGCUAUGCUUGUGACCAUACUACUAUGCUUUUUAUACUGUUUAAUAAGGAAAACGCUUUUGGCACCGUCGGAUAAUAUUCCCUCAGAUACUACAGGAACUUUGAUAUAUACCUCAAUGUAUCCGAUGACACUUUAUCCUAUGUGUAUUAUAUUGAAUGAAUUGUUUGGAGAAGAAGGGAAUAUAGAUUCGUUCUUGUAUUCAAAGGAAGGAGAGCGAUUAUUGCUUAGCAAGUACACAUUUAUGAUUAUAGGGAUAUUUAUAUUGAUUCAAGCUUUGAAUAUAUUGGAUCGGUGUAAUGAUGUUACUAGAGCAAAUUAUGUUAUCCGAAGUUCACUUAUAUGUGGGUUUUCUGGGUUGCUUUUGUUUUCUGGAGAGUCUUCUGCACUGUUUAAAUACCAGAAUAUACUUGCAAUUAUUCUAAUGGUAUUCCUUGCACUACACAUAGCAAUUGACUUUACUAUGAGCAGAAUGAAGAAGUAUAAAUCAAAUCCUAACAGUGACAAGCUACUUAAGCGGGGCAAGAUGCCAUAUUCUUUGUUUUACCUAACUAUAUUUCUAUCGACAAUGAAUGUGGUUAAUAUGUUUACUGAUGGAAGCCUGGAUUUUAUUGUUAUUAUUAAGUUCCUAACUGACAAGCUUUUCCCAGGUUUGAAAUUCCUUGACAAGGUUAUUUUAACGAAUUCCAAAUAA